GAUGCAGAUGAAAUGGAAACCAAUUCCUCCAUCUCACUAACUGGAUCAGAAGUUGUGUUCUAUGAGUCUACCACCUCAAGAGUUCUAUGGAUACUCUCACUGCAAAAGAUGCAAGAGGGAAUGUGCACUGUACAAUUAACUUUGAGUCCUGGAUUGCAACUCCAGAGGAGCAAUUAAAGCUAUCUAUUACUGUGAACACAGUUUCAGGAAUAGUCAGUUUCAUUAUUGGAUUCAGUAUGCCUAUGUCCUUCAUUGUCAUCUGCUAUGGAUUCAUAGCUGCUAAGAUCUGCAGAAGAGGCCUUUUGAAUUCCAGCCGCCCUUUACGUGUCCUCACUGCUGUAGCAGUUUCCUUCUUUGUCUGUUGGUUCCCUUUUCAAUUGAUAAUGCUUUUAUGCAACAUCUGGACCAAGGAGACACCAUACAUUGUUCACAUCAUGGUGAAUCCAGCAAGCACCUUGGCCUCCUUCAACAGCUGCCUCAACCCAAUACUCUAUGUUUUUCUGGGUCAGGAAUUCAGAGAGAAACUGAUCCACUCCCUGUCUGCCCGUCUAGAGAGAGCACUGAGGGAGGACUCAGCUCUGAACAAUGGCAAAGCCAGGAACUUGUCUUCAUAUCCUGAAGACUCUGAGCUCUAGAAAAAGGUAAGAGAGGAACCAUGAGAAUGCUUGCUGUAACACUACUUUCACUU